GUCACACAAAUAGACACAGUGCACACUGUUGAUGGGCGUCAGGGAUACAGAGGAGAAGCUAGCAGAAAGUGGCUUUGCUUGCGGUACCAGUGUUUGGCACCGCCAUGAGGAAGUAGAGAAGCCUUAGAGGGAAAAUUUUGGUCGUCGCGGCACUUGACAGCAGGGCUUUUCCCUACUCGGCAGCUGAGCAUAUUUUUGUGGACCAAAGGGGUUGUUGAAUGAGGGCCGGCAGCCAUGUCGAUCUACAAUUACGUAGUGACGGCUCAUAAGCCGACGAAUGUCACCCACUCUGCGGUUGGGAACUUCACAAGCCCCACACACCUGAACUUGAUCAUUGCAAAAUGCACGCGCAUCGAGAUUCACCUCCUCACGCCUCAGGGGCUUCAGCCCCUGAUGGACGUCCCAAUCUACGGGCGCAUUGCUACAAUGGAGCUCUUCAGCCCUCCGGGGGAGAGCCAGCAGUCGCUGUUUAUUGCUACCGAGCGCUACAAGUUCUGCCUUCUCUCGUGGGAUGCGGCCCGAGGCGAGCUUAUCACGAAGGCAAUGGGAGACGUCUCCGACAGAAUCGGUCGGCCGUGCGAUCUCGGACAGAUUGGCAUCGUGGAUCCUGAGUACCGCCUGAUUGGGCUGCACCUGUAUGAUGGGCUCUUCAAGGUCAUCCCCAUUGAUUCCAAGGGACAGCUCAAGGAGGCGUUCAACAUCAGGCUGGAGGAGCUCACGGUCCUGGACAUCAAAUUUCUCUAUGGCUGCCCGAGGCCCACCAUCGCAGUCCUCUUCCAGGACAACAAGGAUUCUCGGCACGUGAAGACAUACGAGGUCAAUCUGAAGGACAAGGACUUUGUGGACGGGCCCUGGAACCAGCACAACCUGGACGCGGGAUCCUGCCUCAUCAUUCCCGUUCCGACACCUUUGGGCGGCGCGAUCAUCGUGGGCGAGCAGACGAUCGUGUACCACAAGGGCGGCAGCCUGCGCACGCUGCGCAUCCCGCAGUCGGGCAUGAAGGCCUACGGCCGCGUCGACCCUGACGGCUCCCGCUGGCUGCUUUCCGACUAUCUCGGGCGCCUCUUCCUGCUAGUCCUCAACCACGACAAGGAGAGGGUGCUGAGCAUGAACAUCCAGGAGCUCGGGGUGACGUCAGCGGCCAGCACGAUCUCGUACCUGGACAACGCGGUCGUCUACGUGGGCUCCAGCUACGGGGACAGCCAGCUCGUCAAACUCAAUGGCACGCCCGACGCCAAUGGCUCGUACGUCGAGAUUCUGGAGAGCUUCGUGAACCUGGGUCCCAUCGUCGACUUUUGCGUCGUCGACCUGGAGCGCCAGGGCCAGGGGCAAGUCGUGACCUGCAGUGGCGCCUUCAAAGACGGCUCCCUGCGCAUCGUGCGGAACGGUAUUGGUAUCAACGAGCAGGCCACCGUCGAGCUGCCAGGUAUCAAGGGCAUGUGGUCGCUGCGCGCGGCGUCCGAAGACACAUACGAUCGGUUCUUGGUGGUAACGUUCAUCAGCGAGACGAGGAUCCUGGCGAUCAACGAGGAGGAUGAGCUGGACGAGACGGAGAUCGAGGGUUUUGAUGGCGAGGCGCAGACGCUGUUUUGCGGGAACGUGGUGCACGAUCAGUUGCUCCAGGCUACGUCAUCCUCCCUGAAGCUCGCGGCCGCGCCGACGCGCCAGCUCGUCCACGAGUGGCACGCCCCCCCGGAGCACUCCAUCAACGUGACCGCCGCGAACGCGUCCCAAAUCCUGCUCGCGACGGGGGGCGGGAACCUUGUCUAUCUCGAAGUCGAGCCCGGAAAGCUGCAGGAGAAGAAGCACGUGAAGCUGGAGUACGAGAUUUCGUGCCUGGACAUUUCGCCGUUAGGGGGGGAUGGCGCGGCGGCGAAUCUUGCGGCGGUGGGCAUGUGGACCGACAUGAGCGUGCGCGUGUUUUCAGUGCCGGGGAUGGAGCCGCUAACGAAAGUGGCGCUUGGGGGGGAGGUCAUCCCGCGCUCCGUGCUCUUCUGCGCCUUUGAGGGGGUGCCAUACCUGCUAGCUGCCCUUGGUGACGGUCAUUUGUUCAACUUCCGUGUGGACCCUGCCAGUGGCGAGCUGACCGACCGCAAGAAGAUUUCGCUCGGCACGCAGCCCAUCUCGCUCAAGACGUUCAAGUCCAAGAGCGCCACGCACGUCUUCGCCGCGUCGGACCGCCCGACGGUCAUCUACUCCAGCAACCAGAAGCUGCUCUACAGCAACGUCAACCUCAAGGAGGUGAACCACAUGUGCCCCUUCAACAGCGCCUCCUUCCCCGACAGCCUCGCCAUCGGCAUGGAGUCCGAGCUCACGAUCGGCACCAUCGACGACAUCCAGAAGCUGCACAUCCGCACAAUCCCGCUCGGCGAGCACGCGCGCCGCAUCGCGCACCAAGAGCCGUCGCGCACUUUCGGGAUCAUCACCGUGAAAUACAACAGCAUCAAUUCCGGAGACGAGCCCGAGAGCAACUUUGUGCGGUUGGUGGAUGACCAGACGUUCGAGGUUGUGGGGUCGUAUGCGCUGGAUAAGGACGAGCAGGGGUGCGCGAUCAUAAGCUGCUCGUUCAGCGAGGACCCGGCGACGUAUUACUGCGUGGGGACGGCGUAUGCGGUGCCAGAGGAGAGCGAACCCACCAAGGGCCGCAUCCUGAUAUUCGCCGUGGAAGACGGCAAGCUCUCCCUGGUCGCCGAGAAAGAGACCAAGGGCGCUGUCUACAAUCUGAAUCCGUUCAACGGGAAGCUCCUGGCGGGGAUCAACCAGAAGAUCCAGCUGUACAAGUGGACUCAAAGAGACGACGGCUCGCGGGAGCUGACGAACGAGUGCGGUCAUCACGGACAUAUCUUGGCGCUGUACGUGGUGACGAGGGGCGACUUUAUCGUCGUGGGUGAUCUGAUGAAGAGCAUCUCGCUGCUGCUCUACAAGCCGGAAGAGGGGGCGAUUGAGGAGAGGGCGCGUGACUUCAACGCCAACUGGAUGACGGCGGUCGAGGCGCUGGACGAUGACGUGUACCUGGGGGCCGAGAACAGCUUCAACCUGUUCACUGUCCGCAAGAACAGCGACGCCGCGUCGGACGAGGAGCGUGGCCGGUUGGAGGUGACCGGGGAGUUCCACCUGGGCGAGUUCGUGAACCGGUUCCGGCCCGGGUCGCUCGUCAUGCGAAUGCCGGACAGCGAGGCGGCGCACAUCCCCACCGUCAUCUUCGGCACGGUGAACGGAGUGAUCGGGGUGAUUGCCAGCCUGCCGCAGGACCAAUUCACCUACCUGCACAAGCUGCAAAACUGCUUGACGGAGGUGAUCAAGGGCGUGGGCGGGUUCAGCCACGACCACUGGAGGUCCUUCAGUAACGAGCGGAAAACAAACGAAGCCAGAAACUUCUUAGAUGGUGACUUGAUAGAACAGUUCCUGGACCUGCGGCGGGAGAAGAUGGAGGAGGUCGCAAAGAAGAUGGACACGACCGUCGAGGACCUGAGCAAGCGGAUAGAGGAGCUCCAAAGGCUGCACUAGAUCCGACAUUCGCAGGGGGUGUUGUAUCGUAACCGAGGAUAUCCUGUACAAAGCUUGGGGAAGGAAGAGUGUUCUAUAUCAGAGUUUUCAAGAGGCCCAUUCUCACUAUGGUUGCAGAUCGCAUGUUCUUUUGCGUCAGUGGAGCCUUUUGGAUCGCUCCUAUGCGUAUUGUUAGACGUCGUCUUAACAUGCUAGUGGUGUGUACUGG